UCCCCACCAUACCUCCCCGCUUCCCCAGCUUUUCUACCCUUUUCCUUUCCAUUCUUCCCAACCAAUCCCAUCUCAGACACCCGCGACCCUUGUAAAGUUUUGAUCUCGAAGCCCCCACAGAGGCCAGAAGCCCUUCAUCCAACCCAACCAUGGCUUCCUUCAAAUGUUUUCUUGGCUUUUUCCUUGCGUUCUUGGUUGUUUCGUCUGCUUUAGACAUGUCCAUAAUAGAUUACGAUAAAAGACAUAAGAGCAGUGAUAAUGAUGAGGUCAAAGCUCUUUACGAGUCUUGGCUUGUUAAACACGGGAAGAACUAUAACGCUUUAGGCGAGAAAGAAAAAAGAUUCGAGAUUUUUAAGGAUAAUCUGAGAUUUAUUAAGGAACAUAAUGCUCAGGACCGUCCCUAUAAAUUGGGCUUGAACCGCUUUGCCGAUCUGACCAAUGACGAGUACCGUAGCAUGUUUGUUGGUGGCCGGAUGGAUCGUUCGACCAGGUUGAUGAACCGUCGUAGCAACGAUCGCUAUGCUUUGCGGGCUGGCGAUAGCUUGCCUGAAUCUGUCGACUGGAGAGCCAAAGGUGCCGUUGCUCCAGUCAAAGAUCAAGGCCAGUGUGGGAGUUGCUGGGCGUUCUCAACAAUAGGUGCAGUUGAAGGAAUCAAUCAGAUUGUUACAGGAGAACUAGUGACCUUGUCAGAGCAGGAGCUGGUUGACUGUGACACAUCUUACAACCAGGGUUGCAACGGCGGCCUGAUGGAUUAUGCCUUCGAAUUCAUAAUUAAAAAUGGAGGCAUUGAUUCUGAGGAAGAUUACCCUUACCAUGCUCGUGGUGGCACAUGUGAUCAGUAUCGGAAAAAUGCUCGGGUGGUCUCAAUUGAUGGUUAUGAGGAUGUUCCUGAAAAUGACGAGAAGUCCUUGAAGAAAGCAGUGUCACAUCAGCCGGUCAGUGUCGCCAUUGAAGCAGGGGGCAGGGCAUUUCAGCUUUACCACUCGGGUGUCUUCACCGGACAAUGUGGAACACAGUUAGACCAUGGUGUUGUUGCUGUUGGAUAUGGUACUGAAAAUGGAGUAGAUUACUGGACCGUGAGGAACUCAUGGGGACCAAGUUGGGGAGAGAAUGGCUACAUCAGGCUUGAGAGGAACGUGGCCAAUGUCACCACUGGGAAAUGUGGAAUUGCCAUUGAACCCUCUUAUCCUGUGAAGACCGGUGCCAACCCUCCAAAUCCCGGCCCAUCUCCUCCCUCUCCAGUAAAACCUCCAUCUGUUUGUGAUGAAUACUACACAUGCCCUGAAGCAAGCACAUGCUGCUGUGUCUAUGAAUAUGGUAACUACUGCUUUGGCUGGGGAUGCUGUCCGCUUGAGUCUGCUACUUGCUGUGACGAUCAGUCUAGCUGCUGCCCACAUGAUUACCCCAUCUGCGAUCUUGACGAUGGCACUUGUCUGAUGAGCAAAGACAAUCCACUCAAGGUAGCAGCAUUGAAGAGGGGUCCUGCUAGACUCAUUGGGCGUGGUGGUGCUCGUGCUAGCAGUAAAGUUAGCAGUUCUUAGAGGAAUGUUUAUAUGUUUGCUGUGUGUGGGCGGGAGCUGAAUAUGCUGGACUUGUAGAAGACGGGUCCAAUUAAAGCUUGUACAGCUUGGGCGAACGCCUAACCCCUUCUGGCUGCAGAUGUUUUUAUGCAUUGUUCCAUUGUAAAUACUACUACUAGUUUCUUUCAAGUUACUUCACGAAUGGAACUGUAAACCUUAUUUAUUUAUUUACAUUCAAAGAAGUAUAGUUUGUCGUUCAGCGA